AUGAAAUCGGUUGGGCUGUCCCGAGUAGCUCUCAAUGUGUUCAAGCACAUCGCCCGGAACAGCACUCGGCAAAGCUCCAUCUACCAUGAAGCCGAGCAAUACAUCCGGUCCACUAGUCGGGAAAUCAUGCAGAGCACUAGCUUCGAGUCGUUCCAGACUGAGUCCAGCCUCGAGGAGAUUGUGUACCAAUCUUCCAGUACCGACGAAGUUACCGUCAAGGCUUCCAACAAACUGUUAGAAGUGUAUUGGUCGCAGCACCGGUGGCAGGAUGCGACCAAGAUCUUGAAACGGCUUCUGCGCAGCGUUUGGCCGGCCUUGUUUGCCCCUUCUCUGGAUGACGUCGUCCUUCCCUCGACAGAUCUAAAUAGGGCUAUCGAACUAACAGAGCGUCUGAGCAACUGCUAUCGGUCCAGACGCUAUCAGCUCAAGGAAGAAGACAUCCGAGUGCGUCUCUAUCGCGCUGUUCGGCGUGACCGACCCGCCGGUGAUAAGCUACUUGAGAAAGUGACGACUAGCCUGUUGCGUCUGUAUGAACGUACCUCUCAAACAGAGAAGGUGAUCACUAUUCAUCAGGACAAGCUCCAGGACUACACCAAGCGUUAUGGUGGAAGUCACCCUACCGUCCUGAAGGAGUUGUGGACCUUGGCGGAGCUCACCCGUCCCCGGCCCGUGGCUGUUGACUAUUACCGCCAGAUAGUUUCUAUUCUGAACAAGGAUUCCGAGACCUGCCACCCAGAUGCAUUUGAGCCCUUACUUGUGGUUGCAACGGAGCUUUUGAAUCAAGGCCGGUACAGUGAUGCACUAAAACCCUGCCGCGUGUUGUUCAACACGCUCCAAAACCCGACGAUCAGCCCGAAGCUCCAGGACCAAGCCUUUGUGCAGACCAUUUAUGAACGCUAUGUUCACUGCCUGCGCAUGGUUCAGAGCGACACUGCUUCUAUUCAUGAUGUGACUGUCCAGUAUCGUAAGUCGUGCAUCAGUCUGUUUGGCUCCAGUGCUACGAUUACAAUCCAAGCGACCAAAACACUAGCCCAUAUCUGCCAGGAAUCCAAGCAAUAUGAACAUGAAGCAAUUCAGCUUUACAAGAUCCUCCUCGAUACUAGGUCCACCGAGGUGGAAAUUGACUAUGAUGAUAUUCGUGCCACACUGGACACUUUGACUGCAGAGGAAGUCGAAGUCGAGAAGGAUUUCUCGUCCAUGACCGAGUCAGAAGUGCGGAACUGGGUGUCCAUCCGCACCCGCCGCUUGUCUUCCAUCCGGUCCACACAGGGAUGGGCGCAUGAGGAGGCGCUGUCUCAAAUGGAGGAGAUUACUUCCUUGUACACCACGCGUGGGGAAACUCACCAGACUGUUUCGAUCUUACAGGAAGCGACCUCUCAAAUCCUGACUUCACAGACCUCUGCCACCCAGUUGACGGCAGCAGCAAAGAGCAUUGUGUCCGGCUACAUUGAGGCGGGUGAGAUCCACCGAGCCAAGGAAUUGAGUCAGGAGCUCUAUCGCCAGAUGAUCCUGAAGGACUCUUCCAACGUGUCUCUCUUCGGAUUUGAUAUCACCUCCAAUCAACGAGAGAACCUGGCCUUCUUGGCUCAGGUUGAGUACAGCCUCCGCGUCCGCGAAGAUUCCACUGUCACUCUGAAUGAGAUUUACUCUACGCUUACCAUGGAGUAUCUGUUCAUGGAGCGCUUCCAGUCCGAAAUCAGCUCCAAGAGCACUAGCCUGCAGACGUUGACAGCCACCGUCCCCCGUUUGUACGGAUUUUUGGUGUCUCGGAACCGUCAGUCCGCUGCCAACCGUGUUGUCGAGCAGUUCUCCAACUACUUCCUCAACACCGAGGGUAGCAGCCUGAAGCUGAACAUACAUCAGGCUAGAGUGUUCACUGAGACUAUCUUGGAGUAUUUCAGUACCCACAAGUCGCGGGAUCUUGUCCGCUCGGUGGCCAUCGCUUCCUACAACCGGACCACACAGUUGCUGGCAUCGGGCAAUUAUCAGGCAGCAUGCGACCUGGCCUUGACUGCAUUCCGCUACAUCUGGUCCCACCAGGGCUACUCCUCAGAAUCCACUCUAAAGCUGGUAUUCAAGCUUGGCCUGGUUAUUGCGGGUCGCGAUAUUAAGGGAGAACCUCCAGCCUCCACGCGCAAGGAAAUGCUUAACGUGUCAGGCAUCAUAAUGCGCGACACGCUGGAUUACUUCCAGAGCCACAACAUUGACAUGGCCCAGCUGGAUCUUGUGAAUCUGGAGAGCUUGAUUGGCGUGCUCGAUGAGCAGCAUGACUACCACACCUUGGCCUGGAUCCUCACCUCGCUCUGGAACUCCCGGGAUACUCACGAGAUCUGGAACGCCGAGAACGACCAGGAGGUUUCUCAGCAACAAUUCCAGUACACUUUGGCUCUUGGCCGCUGGCUGGUCAUUACUCGUUACCUCAUUGGCGACUACACGGCUGCCAUCCGUUUGGCCGAGGACAUCGUCUACAACUGCGCGCGUGUUCAGGGACCGCGUCACUCCAGCACGGUGGAGAUGACAGUCCUGCUUUCCCAGAUGUACACCAGCGUGGCCCAGGGAUACCAGAACCAGAAGGACCGUCGCGAACUGGCAUACCGGUACUACAAGAAGGCCGCGGCGGUGCACGAGAAUGCGCUGCGCUACUUCAUCGAUCCGACCUCGGUGUCCGCGUCGGAGAUGGAGGGAGGCGUCCUUUCCGGACUCUCCUCGCCCGCCUCCAGCCCCGGAGUUGGCGCAGUCGAGGAAGGCAAGUUUGUGCGGAAGCACCUCCACCUGCUGAAGCUUGCAGUUGAGCGCCUGGGCGACUGGCCGAAGGAGUACUCCGAGUACGAGCGCCUCAACAGUGACUUGUUCCGGACCUACUCCAACGACUUGAAGGGCGUUGACGGAAUCGACAAAUGGAACCUUAAGCGGUUCGGUUCCGGUCGUGCUGAGGCUAGUGAUGACCUUCUCUCGACUGGCAUCGAGAACCAGGGAGUCGGCUUCUAUGAGCGCCUGGCUAUUGCCGUCUAA